AUGAGGGUCCCCGACGUCCUCGCAGGCUGGGCUUGUGCUGCCCUCUGGCUGGCUUCCUGCUGGUCUGCUUUUUCACAAGGUGCCAGCUCUGUGUCCUGUGAGGACAUGCAGUCCAAGCACACUGGAGCCCAGCUUCAAAACCCCAGGACGCACCACACCUCCAUCCACACCAGCAGGUCUUCCUACUCACCUGGGGACACCGUGCAAGGUGCUUGUGGGAGACGCUUGGAGAGACCCCAGGGCCGCAGGGAAAAAUGGCAACUUGUGUUUGUCCUAAGCAGGCAUUUCUGGUCCCGGAAGAGAAACCUGUCCUUUGAGUGGAAGGCCUCCGCCCAGCCCACCGGGGACAUCGGAUUCCUUUUAACCGUAGUCCAGUCAUAUUUCAUUUACUGGGAGAGGAUUGAAUCACCUGUCGUAUCUCAGCAGACAUACAGCAGAGCCCAUUCUGACGGCCGCACGGCCCCCAGCGCCUUGAUGCCAGCCUCUGCAUGGCGGCUGGAGGGAGUUGAGAGAACCUCCCCAGCUCCCAGUACUCCCACCACCGUUUCACAGAAACACACAGAUGUCUUUGCUGUUGCCAUAACUGGAGCUGGAGAGGAGGACAGCUUGGGUCCUGUUCAUGCCAACUUUUGGGUGACAGAGUUUCCUGGGGGUGCCAAGAGUCUGUUCCCACCAUCUUCACACACAGCUACCGUAGUUAACAAUGGCCAGCCACCCAGUGGGGUCAGCAACCCACCCCUAGAGCCAUCCCUGGAUGUCCAUGCAUAGGAGAGGCUCAUAGACCUUAGGAGAGUCUCCUCAGAAGGCUUUGCUUCCAGCCCUAGAACCCACCACAGGACUCAGGCUGAUCCAAGCUUUGAUUUAUUGGAAACUUGCCUGCCCUCAGAUAAAAAUGAAGAGGACAAGAUGGGGUCCUACAACAGGACUAUGAUGAGGCCUCCUCUGUACACUGUCCAUCUUACCUAUCCUCGGGGCCUCUGGGCCUCUGAAUCAUUUGCUGGGCAUGGGGCUGGGGCAACCAACCCAACUCCCACCUUCCACACUUCUGCCAUGUCCAGACCCCCCAGUUCUGGUGACCAGUCGGAGGCAUCAAGCCCCUAUGCCAGUUUCCUGCCUCAUUCAAAACACAAGGAGCCCAGAGUUGAGGAGGGAAAUGGAGAAGGCAGAGUGGGACACCCCAGGAAGGUCAACCCAAGGCCUGAGGUUGGGCAGGAGGGAGCCAGUGCCCCUUCUGGGAUCCAGCUCAGGACCCCCCACCUACGAAUCCUGCUUUGCCUUUCGGCCACCUUGGGCAUGGCCCUAGCUGCUGGCCUUUGCUACCUGCACAGCCAGUAUUACCGUAAGUAGACGGAAGUGUCCUUCAGGGAGCCUGCUGGUGAUGCUGUUGCCAGGAGUGAUGGCGGUGAGACCAUGCAUGUCAGGAAGACUGGGGAGAACAGUUUUGUUGUUGUUGAAACAGAAUAUAACUGGAUCACUCCCUCUGUGGGUAGCAAGAAAACAGUCCUCUGAGAAGACCAUCAUACCAGGCCUCUGAAUGACCCUCCUUAGACCCUGCAGAGGGUCUCAGCCAGAAGGGAACUGACAAGCAUAGCCGAUGAGGACAGGGAUUCACUGCGCCCCCAUCAGUGAGCAGCUAGUGGAGGAAGCUGCGAAGGGACGGUUCUAUCACCAGACGGAGUUCUUCCCUAGCUUUGUUGUCUUAACAUCUGUAAUUUAGCUGCUUUUUUUCUUUUUGCAAUUAGAUGUUCUGUUUGAAGAGUUAAACUCAGCACAAUGAAUAUUGUAUAACCUGCUCAUUAACUAGACUCCUGUGGCCGCUAAGCUUCCUCCAUUGCCUUAAGGAACCCACAGAAAUAGAAAUUCUGUCCCUCAUCAGUGUGUCAGCCACAUCCCUUUCAACUCUUUGAGAAAAAGUAAUGUUGUGGUUGUGUAUCUUAUAAGAAAAAGAACUGCCGCCUUAUUUUGCCUCUCCAAACCAUCCCAAGAGAAGUUUUGUUUAUGACACUAGAGGUCAAAAUGGGCCCUGAUUCAGCUGACUAGGUGAGUGCAAAGGUGUUCAGUCUUUCUGGGACCUCAGAAGCCUGCAGAUCCACCUUGGAAACUCAUCUGAAGCAACAAUGAAUUUUAGAGGGCUUGACUGAACACAGCUGAGGGAAAACGUAUACAUGCAGCCUGAACACCAGAGUUGAGGAAGCAAGCUCCCUGGGCGAUCCGAGACUUCCCACCCAUUCACACUUGCCAAGAGGCCAUGUGUCACGAUGGCCGGCAAGCAUCCUGCCUCGGGCCAAAGGUCGGGCUGAACAAAAUGAUGAGGCCACACGGUCUGAAGAACAGCCUCCACUUGUCUUUUCAGGGGGAAAAGGAAGAAAACAUCACAGAUGAAAAUCAUCUUCCUGUGUUUGUGACUUUAUGGAGAUCACUUUGAUUUAGCAAGUGUCCUAUAGAUGCCAGAUAGGGUCUGCACAGCCAGUGUGAGUCUAACACUUGGUCUGCUCACUGAACAUGACACAUUGGAAUUAGCUGUCUUUUUAGAGGUGAACCUCGUAGAGUCAUGAUCCAUUUUGUGAAAACAAGAGCCCCUAUAAAUUUGGAAAGAGUACCUAUUGACUGAGCACCUAAAUCAUACAGACACUGUACUAAGAACUUUACACAUAUUUUCACAUUUAACUCUUGCAAUAACUUCAUGAGGAAUAUGUUCAGUGACUUGCCAAAGAGUUCCCUACACAGUGUAGGGAGGAGACAGCCCCUGCUGUUUUUCCAGCUCCAUUUAGCUUCUUUACAGUCAAUGCCAAGACGCUCUCCUCCUGGAUUCCUGGUGAGGUGGAGCUGACCCUUGGCUUCAGGCCAGUGUCUCAUUAGGCACAUGGAGACCUAGGUGAUGUGCUUUAAUGGGGGGGUCACAGAUAUCCCUCCUAUAUACCCAACCCUCCUCAGAGAUAUGCUUCCCAAAAUGCAAACAAGGGAUUGUGUCAGCCGAGGUCUCUCCCCUGGCCACCCGCAUCAGAGUCAGGUGCACCAUAGAUACACUGUCAAGAUCUUUCCUGUCCAAGAGGCCAUUUUCCUGGGUAAACAGAUUGUGUAAAUAGACUUUUAUCUAUUGCAGUGAAACAAUAAAAAGUUGUUCCACAAUUGUUUGUGAAAAAAACAACCCCAAGACCUAGUGGUUUAAAACAACCACUCCCACCACCAUCAGUUGUCACCACGAUUCCAGGGUUGCCUGCACUCAGCUGGGCAGUUCAUCUGCUCCAUGUGCUGCUGAGCGAGCGGGAGCCUCCAAGCUGAUUGGCUGCGUGGCUGCACCUGGUGCUGGCUACAGGCCGGGGGCUCCACUGGGGCUGCGGAUGAAGGCAGGAAGCAAUUUGCUUCUCCUUUUCGCGGCUUCUCUCUGCGUGGUGGCUGUGUUCCAAGAGGGAGUGUUCCAAGCAGACAGUAUCAGCAGCGAGGCAUCUCUUAAGGCCUAGCCUUGGGAGUUUCAUGGUUUCAUUCUGCCACUUUCUAGUGGUUACAGCAAGUCACAGGGCCAGUCCUCAUUCUUCAGGGGGAGGGGCGAUGGAUUUCACUUUUUGGUGGAGAAGUGGCCCAGGAUUUGAAACUAUCUUAAAUUCAUUAUCACUCUGAUCAGACUGCUGACCUGUCCUGGGGCCUGUGUUAGAGAAAAAGAAGCAGCUGUUCAUCCCCAGUUGCCUAGGGUCCCCUUUCCUGCACAGCAUCAAAGAGGGUGAGGGCGAAAUCAGGCUUCAACAUUGGGCACCCCCUCUUCUCCAGCUGGGAGCUCUGGCACAGGAAAAGUAGUGCAGGGGUGCAGAAGAGUCAGCCAGACCUCUGAGCCUCUGCUUCCUCAUCAAAGAAAAACAGAUCACAAAACUAUUACUGCUUUUGGCUAUUGUGAACAUUAAGUGCAUGGUGGACGCUUAGCUAUCUACAGCAGUUAACUAGUUAACUGACAUGCCAUUGUUACUAACAUCAUCCUGUGGCUGCAACGCUAUCCUUAGAGUGGGUCCAUUUAGAGGAACUCUGUGCCCACCAAAAGCCAUUACCCCCUUUCCAUGACAACCUCUCCACCAGUGGCCCCCACCCGGCACAUGGAGGUGGUCACUGCACUAGUUGUCAUGGUAACGACUGGCUACAAUUCCUGCCAGGGGUCAGGCAUUUUUUGCUGAGACGUUCUGAGUAAAGUUUCUUUUGGCAAGGGCAGUGGAGUCUAUAGGCCUGUAGUCAGGAGACAGAAAAUGCCACUGUGACUGUGAUCUGGAAGGUCCUCUAAGCCUGGCCUCAGAAAAGCCCCAGAGAGGAGCAAGGAGGAAGCGUUAACCACAAGGCACUCAACUGAAACACAGAGCCAUUAAAAGUUAAAAAAAAGACAAAGGACUCAAACGAAACAUCUUAAACGUAGCUUUUCUGUUUUGUCAGAAUAGCUACAGAAUUGCUCAGCCAACCUCUUCUUGGAAGAGAAGGAGGUCUGGGCUAAAAGCACGUUUAAGAGAAAAUAACAGAAAAACGAUUGCUGAAAACUGUUUUAAACAAAUGUUUUCCCAUCUAUUGUGUUAAUUUAAUAAGCAGAGAGCAGGGGUACGGAUGAGCCUUAACCUUUUUACAUUCAGAGACUAUUUCUGUUAUUUCUAAUUAACUUCUCCCCUUGAAUACUACAGUUUUGGUAAAUCACAACUUAAUGCUUAACCCUAGCCUGGCUGAGCUAUUUCACUCUCCAGGCUGUCUGGAUUUAUUUGCUGCUUCAAUGUUUGUUUCCUUGAAAAAAAUAUUCUAAUUAACAACAACAAAAGAAAUGGGUCAACAAACCAGUAAAUAUUUAAACAAGUGUCACGUUUUAUUUGAAAAGUUGUCUUGGAAGGGCUGGUGAUUUAUUAAUAAAUUAUGGCGCGCAUGCCCAUUUCUGUUCUUGGACUUACGGUAUUAAUCAGUGAUCCCAGCCUUUCUGGAACAUAGCCUCUGUGUGAUUUGAUUUUAUUACACCCCCAACCUAUCCCCUCUCCUAAAAGUAGUGUGUGAUGAGGAAUUUCUUUGAU